ACUGAGUCGUUUUGGAACUUCCGCGUGGUUCAGUUGAACAAAGUAUUCCCACCUUCGCGCACAUCAAAGAAAACGCAGAGAAUCAACCGCAGGAUUCGCAAUGGCUCUCGUCCUUAAGUUCUUGUACAACAAUUUUUAUUCCCUUUUCGUUGAAUUUCAAGAUCCCAGAACCAAGGAUUUCCCCAUUCUGCACACCCUUCCACAAAUUCUUGCCGUUAUCGCGGCCUAUUUGUACUUUAUCAAAUCAUGGGGUCCAAGAUUCAUGGAAAAGAGAAAAGCGUACGAGCUGAAAACCAUCCUGAUUAUCUACAACAGCCUCCAAGUUAUCGCCAACAUCUGGCUAGGAAUCUAUGCGACAUAUCACUCGUACUGGAGAGGAGGAUGGAAUUUUUUCUGUGAACCAAUACAGGAAGACUUGAGCCCUGAAGGUUAUCGAGUGGCUUUUGCCAUGUACUGCUAUUACUUGCUCAAAGUGGCAGAUCUCUUGGACACUGUCUUCUUCGUGCUGCGGAAGAAGUACAGACAAAUCACCUUUCUUCACGUCUACCACCAUGCCAUAAUGGCCUUUGGCACCUUCGUUGCGUCUAAUUUCGUGAUCUCCGGCCACGGAUGUAUGCUGGGCAUCGUCAAUUGCUACGUCCACGCCGUCAUGUACCUCUACUACCUCAUGUCCUGCUUCAAGCCCGACAUGAAGAACUCAAUCUGGUGGAAGAAGCACAUCACGCACGUCCAGAUGCUGCAGUUCAGCUUCCUCAUCUACCACUUCGGCCGUCCGCUGGUGAUGCAAGAUUGCGACUAUCCACAAGCCAUGUGCGCCAUCGCCUUCGUUCAGAACCUCUUCAUGCUCCUGCUCUUCUCCGACUUCUAUCGCAGGGCGUAUCUCACAAAGAAGAAAGAACUCUGAUCGCGCCACAAGUAAAGAGUAUAAAUUGGAACGCAUGGCAUGACUUUCUCUCUGUCUCUAUCUGACCCACAAAGCCGCGAAAAUGCGCUCCAAUUGCAAAUGGGGAAAUUUGAUCAAUUCCUUCUUCUUCACACUCUCUUCCGCCUGGCCAUUUUCCUCUACACACUAAAGACAAGUGCUCCACACCACCCAGAGAACAAUAAUUGUCGUCAGGCAGUAUUACGAAAAAAAAGAACUUCAACAGUGACAAAACAUUUAUGCAAAUUUUCCCGCGCGUUUUCUUGCUGGACAACACAAGACAGCAAAGGGGAAAAAUAAUGUGGAUAAACACUGUUCAACUUAUAUUGAGCUGGGAUUUAUGUACAAUUGAACUGGAUUGAAGUGACUUUUGAGUGGCUAAACUAACUGAACUUUCCGGUUAUUUUCAUUAUUAAUUUUUAGCCUCUUAACAGCACAAAUGUAUCCAUGAAUGUGUGAAUUUAUGUAGAGGAAAACAAGCUAAUUGCAGGACUUCUUUGAGAUGAAAUGCUCCACAAUAGGAGAAGUUUUAUAUUUUAAUCGGUAUGUAGUUUUGUGCAUUACGGGCUUUUUCUCCAGGACAAUGAGAAAAACUGUAAACAUUAGAUAUUUUAAUUACAGGAUUAAAAGUUUGUAUGCAGAAAAAUCAAGGAUUUAUUUAAUGUAUUUUGAUGUAACUUGGCGAAUAAUUAUU